AUGCCGAUUAUUUAUCAAGAACAACUAGAUAAGGCUUUUAACGGGAACGUCUACAUGGAUUAUCCAGUAGUUUCUCCUCCAAAUCUGGUAGCUGGUCCGACGAUGUCUAUGGGUCAGCCGACGCAGGGCACAACGAUGGGUAGCUAUGCUUAUGUGCCAGAAGGCUAUGACUGCAGACAAAUGCAUUUGCAAAUGCAAUACCCUACGCUGUUUGAAGAGACUAACGAAACCGAAUGGCUUCAAGAGACCGCCGCUACUCUGCCUGAUAAUGAGACUUUGCAGCAAAUUCAGUGGUCAGAACUACCACCACCGGAGCUGGUUCCUGUAACUGUCAGCGAACCGAGCCCCGUCUACACUGCCGGCCCACCUGUCUACAACCAACAGAAGUUCGACUUUCCGAGCGGCAUCGACCCCUGGAACUGGGGCGGUAAAUGGUUCAGCACCCAGCAAAAAAUGGAACUUGAAAAAGAAUACUUCAGGUCGCGGUACUUAGACCGCAAUUGCCGCAUCGAUUUUGCCGAGAUACUCAAACUCAACGAACAUACCAUCAAGAUCUGGUUCCAGAACCGUCGCCUGAAUAUGAAGAAAGGCAAGGCUUAA